AUGGCCCCCAAAGAAGCAGUAGACAUAGCCUCCUUCGCCACAACCCAACUCAUUCUCCUAGAAGCAGAGCUCCAAUCCGAGCUAGCAGAAACCUCUUCCCUCAUCACCGCCACAUCCCCCACCUCGCUCCAACGCGCCGGCGUCGCCAUAACCAACCUCUCCCUCUCGUCGCAGCGCACGGGUCUAGGCGGCAAGACCGUCGUCGAACUGACCCCGGACUCUGCUACCGGAGGCGAGCUGCCGGAACAUGGCAUCCGCACGGGGGAUAUUGUGGUUGUGGCUGAGCAGCCGGCGGGCAGUGCGAAGAAGCGCGAGGUGAGGGAGUUGGAGGAGAAGGGGUCUAGGGGGGUGGUGACGAGGGUGGGACGCGCUGCUGUUUGGGUUGCGUUGGAUGGGGAUGAGGAUGGGGAUGAUGUUCCGGCGAAGAGGCUGUGGAUUGUUAAGUUGGCGAAUGAUGUUACUUAUAAGAGGAUGAAUCAGACGAUGGGGCGGCUGUUAAAGAUGAAGUCGGAUGAGUAUUCCAGCUUCGUGAGAGUGCUGUUCGGGCUUACCAGUCCGUCGCCUGAGGAUCAGAGUGCGGUGGGCGAGAUUGAGUGGGUUGAUGAGAGCUUGAACGAGAGUCAGAAGGAGGCUAUUAAGUUUGCUUUGGCUUCACGGGAGAUGGCUCUCAUUCAUGGGCCACCUGGUACUGGCAAAACUCAUACUUUGAUUGAACUCAUAUUACAGAUGUUGAAGCGCAAUCUCCGGGUCCUGGUUUGCGGGCCGUCGAAUAUCUCAGUAGACAAUAUUGUUGAACGGCUUGCUCCCCACAAAAUUCCUAUUGUCCGCCUGGGCCAUCCAGCUCGGUUGCUCCCAUCGGUGCUCAAUCACUCUCUAGACGUCCUUACGCAGACAUCAGAUGCAGCUGCUAUUGUGAAAGAUGUCAGGAAGGAGAUGGAUACGAAGCAAGCCUCGAUCAAGAAGACGAAAAGCGGUCGAGAGCGCAAGGCUAUUUAUGGAGAUCUCAAGGAACUUCGGAAAGAGUUUAAGGAGAGGGAGAAGAAGUGUAUUGGGAGUCUGAUUCAAAGCAGUAAAGUUGUGCUGGCGACGCUUCAUGGAGCAGGCGGUUUCCAGACGAGGGAUGAAGUCUUUGAUGUUGUGAUUAUUGAUGAGGCAAGUCAGGCACUGGAGGCUCAAUGUUGGGUUCCUCUUUUGAGAGCGAGCAAGGUGGUUCUUGCUGGGGAUCACUUGCAAUUGCCACCUACAAUCAAGUCUUUAAAUUCAAAGACCAAGCCUAGAUCUAAAGACGUAAAGGAGACGGAGGCAAUUAUUAAAGGCAUGACGCUGGAGAAAACUUUGUUUGAUAGGCUACUCGGUCUUCAUGGGCCUGGAAUCAAGCGAAUGUUAACCACACAAUACCGCAUGCACGAGAAAAUCAUGAGAUUCCCUUCCGACGAACUCUACGAUUCGAAACUAGUAGCAGCCGAAGCAGUGAAAGCGAGGCUGCUGAAAGACCUACCAUACGAAGUAGAGGAGACUGAAGAUACCAAUGAGCCGCUGAUAUUUUUCGACACUCAAGGCGGCGAUUUCCCCGAGAAGAAUGAAGAGGAAGAGGUUGAUAAGAAGGCCGGUAAGGGCAUGAUGGGAGACAGUAAGAGCAAUGAGAUGGAAGCCGCUCUCGUGAGGCAUCAUGUGCAGAAUCUGGUCGUUGCGGGGGUACAGCCGUCUGAUAUUGCUGUCAUCACUCCGUAUAAUGCCCAACUGGCGCUGAUGUCAAAGGCGAUGAAGGAAGCUUUUCCGGGCAUCGAAUUGGGAAGUGUUGAUGGAUUUCAGGGACGUGAGAAAGAGGCUGUCAUUGUAAGCCUUGUUAGAAGUAACUCGGAGCACGAAGUUGGUUUUCUUGGAGAGAAACGCAGACUGAAUGUCGCUAUGACGAGGCCGAGGCGCUCCUUGACUAUUAUCGGAGACUCUGAGACGCUGCAGUGA